CGCCCGUCAUGUGGGCCGGACUGCUCCUCCGGGCCGCCUGCGUCGCGCUCCUGCUACCAGGGACCCCGGCCCGCGGCUACACCGGGAGGAAGACGCCCGGGCACUUCGGGGCCGAGAGACGCCGGCUGGGCCCCCACGUCUGCCUCUCGGGGUUUGGGAGUGGCUGCUGCCCUGGUUGGGCACCCUCCAUGGGCAGCGGGCACUGUACCCUUCCCCUCUGCUCCUUUGGCUGCGGGAGUGGCAUCUGCAUCGCUCCCAAUGUCUGCUCCUGCCAGGAUGGAGAGCAAGGGGCCACCUGCCCAGAAGCCCACGGACCCUGCGGGGAGUAUGGCUGUGACCUUACCUGUAACCACGGUGGCUGUCAGGAGGUGGCCCGAGUGUGCCCCGUGGGCUUCUCGAUGACAGAGACAGCUGUUGGCAUCAGGUGUACUGAUAUCGAUGAGUGUUUAAGCGCCUCUUGUGAGGGCCACUGUGUGAACACGGAAGGCGGGUUCGUGUGCGAGUGUGGGCCGGGCAUGCAGCUGUCCGCUGACCGCCAUAGCUGUCAAGACACUGAUGAAUGCCUUGGGACCCCCUGCCAGCAGAGAUGUAAAAACAGCAUUGGCAGCUACAGGUGUUCCUGUAGGACUGGCUUCCAUCUCCAUGGCAACCGGCACUCCUGUGUAGAUGUAAACGAGUGUCGGAGGCCGCUGGAGAGGCGAGUCUGUCACCAUUCUUGCCAUAACACCGUGGGCAGCUUCCUGUGCACCUGCCGACCUGGCUUCAGGCUCCGAGCUGAUCGAGUGUCCUGUGAAGCCUUCCCCAAAGCCGUGCUGGCCCCAUCUGCCAUCCUGCAACCCCUGCAGCAUCCCCCUAAGAUGCUACUGCUGCUUCCAGAGGCAGGCCGGCCCGCCCUCUCGCCAGGACACAGCCCUCCUUCCGGGGCUCCAGGGCCCCCUCCUGGAGUCAGGACCACGCGGCUGCCGUUUCCCACCCCCGUGCUGCCCACGGCCUCCCCUUCUGCCCUGUCGCAGCUGCUCUCCACCGCAGUGGCCACCCCUGUGCCUAGUGCCUCUCUGUUGGGGACCCUCGGACCUCCCUCACGACUCCAAGAGAAGGCGAUGGUGACCCCUUCCUUGCCCAGGGGCCCCGAGGCCACGCAGCUGGCACCAGGGCCCUCUGCCUGUUGGCACCUUGGAGCCAUGUAUGAGUCAGGGAGCCGCUGGACAGAGCCUGACUGUUCCCAGUGCUCAUGCGAGGACGGGGAGGUGACCUGUGCAAAGGUGACGUGUGAAGCUGUUUGUUCCCACCCGCUUCCCUCCGGAGAUGGGGGAUGCUGCCCAUCGUGCGCAGGCUGUUUUCACAGUGGCGUCGUCCGGGCCGAAGGGGACGUGUUUUCACCUCCCAACCAGAACUGUACCAUCUGUGUCUGCCUGGCCGGAAAUGUAUCCUGCAUCUCCCCAGAGUGUCCUCCCGGCCCCUGUCAGACCUCCCUGAAGUCCGAUUGCUGUACGUGUGUGCCAGUGAGAUGCUAUUUCCACGGCCGCUGGUACGCGGAUGGGGCUGUGUUCAGUGGGGGUGGUGACGAGUGUACCACGUGUGUCUGCCAGAAUGGGGAGGUGGAAUGUUCCUUCACGCCGUGUCCAGAGCUGGGUUGCCCUCGCGAGGAGUGGUGGCUGGGCCCUGGGCAGUGCUGCUUCACCUGCAGGGAACCCACACCCAUGACAGGCUGCUCUCUCGACGACAAUGGGGUUGAGUUUCCGAUUGGACAGAUCUGGUCGCCCGGUGACCCCUGUGAGUUAUGCAUCUGCCAGGCAGAUGGCUCAGUGAGCUGCAAGAGGACAGACUGUGUGGACUCCUGCCCUCACCCGAUUCGGAUCCCUGGACAGUGCUGCCCGGACUGCUCGGCAGGCUGCACCUACACAGGCAGAAUCUUCUACAACAACCAGACCUUCCCAUCCGUGCUGGACCCGUGCCUGAGCUGCAUCUGCCUGCUAGGCUCGGUGGCCUGCUCGCCCGUGGACUGUCCCAUCACCUGCACCUACCCUUUCCACCCUGACGGGGAGUGCUGCCCAGUGUGCCGAGACUGCAACUACGAGGGCAGGAAGGUGGCGAACGGCCAGGUGUUCACCUUGGACGAUGAGCCCUGUACCCAGUGCAUAUGCCAGCUGGGAGAGGUGAGCUGUGAGAAGAUGCCCUGCCAGCAGGCCUGUGCAGACUCCUCCCUGCCUCCCAGAGACUGCUGCUCCUCCUGCCCAGAUUCCCUGGAAGAGAGCCGGGGACUCUCCCCUGGUGGAGUCGCAGAGCUCAGCAAAGCGUCCCGGAGCCCCCGUGGAGACCCCAAAGCCCCGGUCAACUGCAGCUCCUGCCCGGGGCCCCCAGCCACGUCGUCUCAGAGGCCAGCGCCCCAGCUCCUCCAGCUCCUCCUAAGAACGAACCUGUCUAAUAUGCAGACUUUACCCUCGGGAGCCCAGGCCUCACCCUUACCCCGUCUGCGACUGGAGGGCACCUUCCCAGGGGAGCCCGGGGCCUCCCAGCCCCCUCGGCUCUCACCAGGGCCUUCGAUCCUCCCAGGAGCCUCUUCUCUACCUCCAGCCUCUCCCGGGGCUCCCGGGCCACCUCCUCUUACACCAGAGCCCUCGUCCUCAGCCUCCAGGGCCCACACAGCCUCCAGACGGCCCACCACAGUCCUACCUGGGGCUUCGGCCCUUUCCACGACAGACCCCAGCCCCUCCGAGACCCCCGUCACCCUCCUCAGGCCUCGCAGACUGUCUGCAGCCCUUGCAGCCAUGGGCAGUCCCGGCCCCCAGCCACCUACCACGGGGACCUCGCGGGAAGAGGAGCCCACAGGGUGACCAGGUCUUCACCUCAGGGUCAUGCCCAGGAGACGCCGGACAGAAGACUCUGCCAGUGGCCCUGGGAG